GGCUCGGCGGAGCCAAGGAGCCCCGCGAGUCGCUGGGGGAAGCAGGGCAGAGAGCAGGGGCAGCCGGAGCGCCGGGCUCCGAUACCGCGAGCUGGGGUAUCGGGGUCCGCAGACCGGAGCCGGGACCUGGAGUGCAGGAGUGUGUGAAGAGGGUCUCUGUUCCUGAAGGAAAGGGUCAUGGCCUCCAUGUUGCUCAACCGGCGGCUGGCCUGCAGCCUCCAGCACGGCUACCACCUGCUUGUGCCCGGACCGAGACACAUCAGUCAGGCUGCAGCCAAAGUCGACGUUGAGUUUGAUUAUGACGGGCCUCUGAUGAAGACAGAAGUCCCAGGGCCUAGAUCUCGGGAGUUAAUGAAACAGCUGAACAUAAUUCAGAAUGCAGAGGCUGUGCAUUUUUUCUGCAAUUAUGAAGAAAGCCGAGGCAACUACCUGGUUGACGUGGAUGGCAACCGGAUGUUGGAUCUUUAUUCCCAGAUUUCCUCUGUCCCCAUAGGUUACAGCCAUCCUGCUCUCAUGAAACUCAUCCAACAACCUCAAAAUGCGAGCACGUUCAUCAACAGACCUGCCCUGGGGAUCCUCCCUCCGGAGAACUUUGUGGAGAAGCUCCAGGAGUCCUUGCUCUCGGUGGCUCCCAAAGGGAUGUCCCAGCUUAUCACCAUGGCCUGCGGCUCCUGCUCCAAUGAAAACGCCUUUAAGACAAUCUUCAUGUGGUACCGGAGCAAGGAAAGGGGCCAAGCGGGUUUCUCCAAAGAGGAGCUGGAGACGUGCAUGAUCAACCAGGCCCCCGGGUGCCCCGACUACAGCAUCCUCUCCUUCAUGGGCGCGUUCCACGGGAGGACCAUGGGUUGCUUAGCGACCACGCACUCCAAAGCUAUUCACAAGAUCGACAUCCCAUCCUUCGACUGGCCCAUCGCGCCGUUCCCGAGGCUCAGAUACCCUCUGGAGGAGUUUGGGAAGGAAAACCAGCAAGAGGAAGCCCGCUGUCUGGAAGAGGUGGAGGAUCUGAUCGUGAAAUACCGGAAAAAGAAGAAGACGGUGGCUGGGAUCAUUGUGGAGCCCAUCCAGUCUGAGGGCGGGGACAACCAUGCGUCCAAUGACUUCUUCCAGAAGCUGAGGGACAUCUCCAGGAAGCACGGCUGUGCCUUCCUGGUGGAUGAGGUCCAGACGGGAGGUGGCUGCACCGGCAAGUUCUGGGCCCACGAGCACUGGGGCCUGGAUGACCCAGCAGAUGUGAUGACCUUCAGCAAGAAGAUGAUGACGGGGGGCUUCUUCCACAAGGAGGAGUUCAGGCCCAAUGCGCCUUACCGGAUCUUUAACACCUGGCUGGGGGACCCAUCCAAGAACCUGCUGCUCGCCGAGGUCAUCAACGUCAUCAAGCGGGAGGACCUGCUGAGCAACGCAGCCCACGCCGGGAAGGCGCUGCUCACGGGGCUGCUGGACCUCCAGGCCCGGUACCCCCAGUUCAUCAGCAGAGUGAGGGGACGAGGCACCUUUUGCUCCUUCGACACUCCAGAUGAAUCCAUACGGAAUAAGCUCAUUUUAAUAGCCAGAAACAAAGGCGUGGUGCUGGGGGGCUGCGGCGACAAGUCCAUCCGCUUCCGUCCCACUCUGGUCUUCAGGGACCACCACGCGCACCUGUUCCUGAAUAUCUUCAGCGACAUCCUCGCAGACUUCAAGUAAAGAAGCCAUUUCCACUGAACUCUGAGAAAGCCCCGAUCUCAGCAGUUGUCAAAUUGAUUAGUUCGCUAAUUCAUGUUUUCACUUACAGUAUCAGAGGUGACUGCAUAAACUGAAGGUUCAUUUGUGGAGAGGGGGUGUUGUUGGUGGCUUGGGGGUGGGGGCGGGAGGGAGGGGCCGGUUUGAUUUUCCUCCCGGCAGAGCCAAUGAUGCACGUUGGUCGAAGCCCACACAUUCUGCUGGAGCUCUGGACGGUCUCAGGAAGGGCCGUGGGGGUCCUGGUCAUAUAGCUGCCCACCUUGAACCCAACCAUCCUUUGGAAGCAAAGCAAGGGAAAGACACCUGCUCUGGGACUGGUGCCAAAGUCUGUGACCAAGGAUGCUGGCUCCCUGACCCUCUGCAGCAGACAAGCUCUGCUCUCGCCCGGGCCUGGAGCUCUGAGCACCCCACACACAGCUCGGUGAAGGACGGGACAGAGCAUGGGAAGGCAGGGCGCAGGGACAUUAGGACUGAGCCUGGGGGCUGGGGAGGGGCCUUCUGGCCUCCUUAAGACUCAGCCCCUCCUCUCAGUGCAUCCGGGGUUCCUCUGACUUCCCUCCUUCGACAGGGCUUUGCCCUUGAUGAGUCUCUGGCCGGCAUCACAGACAGCUCCCGCUCACUGUACUCCGUUCCGCGGACCCUGUCCCCUCUGAAGUGUCAGCCCAGCCCCUGUGGUCUGAGCGUCCACAGGGACACACAUGGGCCACAAGGACAGAAGCACACACCAUUGCCCAGGACGGGAGCCCAGAGCCACGUCCUCCCGUCUCCAGGGGUUCUGGGGUCUAACAGCUCGGACGCCUGACCCGGGAGGCUCUUUCUGUAGCUUUUCCUCCAGUCCCUUUGCCGCACUUUGGGGCAGCUUUGCUGUGCCACCAGAGGAAACCGGUUGCUGGACUCAGCUUCUGGAAGGCAGCGCCAUGAAUCAGAGGCCGCAGAGCUCCACGCAGAAGAUGGCCUGUUGGUCCAAGAUGGCAUCUUUGUGCGUCUCCAAGUUAGAGACUUUCCAGAUGGGAAGGAGCGUUUAGAUUACUAGGCAGCUAAUGCUUAAAUGCUUAAUUGGAUGGAGGCUUAGGCUUAGGAAUCUCUGCUGGACGCAAGACAUUCUUGAAACCGACGGGACUUCACAUGUUCUUAAAAGUUGUCUUUAGUGAGUAGACUCACAAAGUCUGGCUUGUAUUCCCUGCCCGGGAAGGUCCACUUCAUUUCCACUUCUUCUCCUGGGGCCUCGGUUGACCGGUUUGGGGGAAAAGGGCACAUCAAAGUUCUCCAUUCAGCACUUUGCUCUUUUAAUAACUAAGCAUCCAAAGAUCUCAAGGUGUUUUUUCCCUGCUUCUGCUCUUCAGGAGACUUGGUUACUGAUUAUUUCUGUGGAGGAGCAACAGGCACUGACACAUCUGACAGACAAGGACAGACCCAUGAGUGCCGGUUCGCUCUGCAUUCUUGCAGUCAGAGCUGAUCUGCCGCUUUUAGGAAGGACUUCUGCCAUGUUUAAGGCCAUUUUCACUGCCAGCAAAAUGGAGUUGCAUGCCUCCCUCUCUGCAAGCUUUGACUCGUUUGCAUGUUCAUUCAUUGAUUCAUCCAUUCACAGAACUUUCAUUAAAUACCUGCUUGUCCCAGGCCCAGUGCUAGGCACUAGGACCCCAGAGGUGAAGUAAAGCAUAGUCCCUGCUCUCAAGGGCAUCCCAUCCCAGUGGGGACAGCAGACUCAGGCCAACAGUUAAAGCAGAGUGGCAAGUGCCACAACAGAGGUUAUAUGCAGGAACAUCAGGAAAUCAGAGGGAGAGCCCCGCUCCACCUAAAGGUCAGAUGAGGUUCUGAGGAGAAAGUGAGCAGGAUUUUGCAGAAGGAGUAAGAGUUCACCAAGCAGACAAGCAAGGCAAGAAAGAGUGGUGCAGACAGGGAACAGCAUGUGCGAAGGCACAUCACUGCAGUCUCACCUUUCACUGAGGAUAGGCUAUAUUGAUACCCCAAUCAGGCAAUAUCCCAAGAUUCAAGGCCUUAUUUAACAAACAAGCGAAAUGCAAACCAAACCACCAUUCACUUAUUGGCAUAAGUAUGUUUGCUCCUGAGCACAGGAAGCCCUGGGUGUGAAGGUUCAGUACAAUUCCCAGAAUCCAAAAGGUUUUGAAGUCAGGGCGCCACCACAAACUCGGCUCUCUUUGGUGGAGAGAGUGACUCUAAUAUUUUGCUCUCUCCCCAGGAGGCAUUCAAAGAGAAAUGAAACCAUUUUAUCUGGGAAGUCAUUUCCAGACUUCACUCCUUACCAAGGAAAUUACUUCUUGUAAAACUUUUUAAGUCAUUUAUCAACAAGCUCUUGUCGACUCGGGGCAUAAUGAGUUCCUGAGACAGCCUCUUUGCCAGGUGGAGAUAAAGUGGGAAGAAUUUCAGGGAAGGAAUUCUCGGCAGAGCUCCAGAUGGUGGAGACCUGGACGAGGUCGGUGAAAACACAGGGAGCCCAGCAGACAGGCUGCCGUCGAGGGCAGAGCCCAUGGAGGAGGACUUCGGCGGCCCACAGUCUGGAAAUGAAUCCGUCAUACAUUAGUGCCACUGAGUUUAGUAAAUGUUGCCAGCAAGUCUUGUCAUUUUACAGAAAACGAGGCCCAGUCAUAGCAAGUCUUAGCAUAUCCUCACUUUUAUUAUAAAUGGGUGUUUUUUUAUAAUUUUUACUGACACUCAGUAACAGGUGUGCACAUUAAUAUCUCUAUCCAUACCUACGUAUAUCCCUAUAAGUGUAUCAGCUCACGGUAGAGAACCACAGCUAGGGAUCAUCGCGGGCAUAUGCGUACAAAGUGAUCUUGUUUACAGUACUUGUUGACAGUGCCAAUAAAUGAUAAAGAAAUUAACACAUCACAAUGUAACUGAUGACCAUAUGCACAAUUCCAUGAAUUAAAUGUUUCCUGUGUUAAUCAGUAUUCUUAAAUUAAAAAAAAAACUUUACAAUGGAA